AGAGAGAUGAAACCGUGUCCAAAAGUUAAAGAAAAAAUUGGGAGGUACAGACAGACUGUCGGUCUCUCAAGUGGAGACUGGAAAGCAGGAUUCUGAAUCCCACUCUUACAGAUAUCACCAUCACUGCUCCUCCUCUUUAACAUUCCUAUCACCAUCCUUCUGCCGUUUGCUUAUCUUCACUGUCUGUCCCUGCCCUGCUGCAUAUAUGGAGAAUGGUUCAGGUCCAAGUUUGUUUCCGCUGCACCGAAGCAAAACCCUUCACCUGGUGAGGCAUGGACAAGGAAUCCACAAUGUAGAGGGAGCUAAGAACUACAAAGCAUACAUGAAACCUGAAUAUUUUGAUGCACAACUUACUCCACUAGGCUGGCAGCAGGUUGAUAAUUUGCGUAAGCAUGUUCAUGAAUGUGGGCUUUCCAAGAGGAUUGAGUUGGUCAUCACAUCUCCUUUGCUAAGGACUCUGCAAACGGCUGUUGGAGUAUUUGGAGGCGAGGGUUACAAGGAUGGAAUGGACGUACUGCCUCUAAUGGUGGAAAAUGCAGGAAAUAGUGAACGCCCUGCAAUUUCAAGUCUCAACUGCCCGCCAAUCAUUGCAGUAGAGCUUUGUCGAGAACAUUUGGGCGUUCAUCCAUGUGAUAGCAGGAGGAAUAUCAGCGACUAUCAGUUUCUAUUUCCUGCUGUUAAUUUUUCUCUGAUAGAAACUGAUGAGGAUAUAUUGUGGGAGGCCGACGUGAGGGAGACGACAGAGGAAGUUGCAGCUAGGGGAAUGAAAUUCAUGAACUGGUUGUGGACAAGGAAAGAGAAAGAAAUAGCGAUUGUUACUCAUAACGGGUUCCUGUUUCACACGCUAAAUGCACUAGGAAAUGAUUGUCAUCCUUCGAUGAAAAAAGAAGUGUCCACACACUUUGCAAAUUGCGAACUUCGCUCCAUGAUCAUUGUUGACAGAAGUAUGACAGGGUCAGAUUUAUCAACAACUGAUUAUCCAGGAAAGAUUCCUCCGGGGCUGGAUCUCCCUAGUGAUGUUGCUGAUGAAAAGAAGUGUGAGAAAGAAAAGGUCCGAACUUAGCGUAAAUAGCAAUAGAGAAAGGAAGCUGCCAGAAGUUGUGAACAAGCACAGGGUUGCGUUUUAUGAGACCUGUAUGGUUGAUGCUGGGAAAUGGUUAUUUCAAGUACAAACAGCAGUGUCCUGUAAUCGGUAUCAGCGUAUUCGUCUUUGAACUAUCUCAGCAUUUGCUCAUUUUAUAGACAAAAUUGUUCUACGCUUCUGUAGUAUGAUUGCCAAACCAAAUUCUCUCUCUUUUCAC